AUUUUGACGUUUAAGUCGUUCCCAAAGCGUGCAAUCUCCCCUAUAAUCUCUGCUUCUGUUGUGUAAAUAAAUGUGGAGUCGAUCGGAAUUGUUGUUUACGUGCUACCAUAAACAGAGCUACUCAAAAGUUUGGUGAAUAUCGAGCGAAAUAGUAAGUUAUUGAAGUUGUGGGCCAUUUCUGGAGUUGUUGGGAGCAUUUGAGGGCAGAAAUGGCGGCAGUUCAUAGGGAGGCAAUCCAAAAACAGAUCCAGCAAGACUGGGCUAACCGUGAAUACAUUGAAGUCAUCACGGGAAGCAUCAAGAAAAUAACGGAUUUUCUCAACUCCUUCGACAUGUCGUGCAGAUCUCGUUUAGCUGUUUUGAAUGAGAAGCUGACGACUUUGGAACGGAGGAUUGAGUACCUGGAGGCGUGUGUGACGAAAGGCGAGACUCUAACAUAAGAUGAAAAUAUUAAUGGUAAAUUUAAAUGUAUUUAUGUUAACUACGAAUGAACUUCCCUUUGCUACUACUUCCCACGAUAAAACCAACCUUUUAUAACGAUUUUGAGACGUGAAUAAUCGAUGUAUAUUUCCAAAUAAAAUCAAAUACUACUGAACAA